CGCAGGGGGCGGGGCGCAGCGGGUGCACACGCGGGCGCCGGCGCGGCUCAGCUCAGGGUCGCCAUGGCGGAGGUGCAGCAACUCCGAGUGCAGGAGGCUGUGGACGCCAUGGUGAAAAGUGUGGAGAGAGAGAACAUCCGGAAGAUGCAGGGCCUCAUGUUCCGGUGCAGCGCCAACUGCUGUGAAGACACACAAGCAUCUAUGCAGCAGGUGCACCAAUGCAUCGAGCGCUGCCAUGCACCUCUGGCUCAAGCCCAGGCUCUGGUCACCAGCGAGCUGGAAAGGUUCCAGGUCAGGAAUGCCUCACAGCUCCCAAGUCCUUGAACGGCAGCUCCUUGGCAGGGGAUGAGAAGCACUCGUUCUGCCUUAGG